CCUAGCAUUGUCAGCACCAUGGCAGGCGUGGGGUACCAACCUGAAGGAGUGAUUGAGUGUCUAGAAGCCCAAAAAUUUAAUCAGGCGAUGGCCAGAUACCUGAGUCUGCAACACCAGGCACCCGCGGGAGACUGCUGCCAUCACCGGGUGAAAACCACAAAACCCAUGGAGCCGGGCCUUGUCCUCAACCUGGCCAAUCUUCACACCUUUUCUGGGACUCUCGGGAGAGCUGCUGAGCCUACUCUGCCAACCGUCAUCGUGCCAUCUGAGCCCCAGAAGAAAGAAGAUAAGAAUUCCAGGCAGGGUGGCAGAAGGCAUAGCGUGCCUGCCACCCUGUGCUGCACGCCUAGGAGGAUCCACCUUGCCCACCUAUCCCACCUGCGCUGUCCUGUGGCUGAUUCCAUCAUGAACAGCAGCCUGGAGACCAGCAAGAGUUUUUCGCAGUCAAACAUCGGGUUGUGUGGCAGCCUGACGGCAAGUGCCCAGCCAUCCUGCUCUCUGUACCACCCUCUUGGGGCAGACCACAAUGAGGCUGCAAAUGAUGCAGAGAAACUCUGGAGCUCGCUGGGGAUGGCUCUGCCUGUAACCCCCAAAGGCCCCUCCCUUGGGGACACACUACAGGAAGAGACCAUCACAGAACUGACCACCAGACAGGAAGGGUCCAUCACACAUGGUCAGCCCCAGGAUGCCGGGCCAGCUUCCUCCCCAAACCAGAGGCAUCACCGCUGGAAGGGGGUGAAAAAAAACAUUGUAAAUUGUCUCAGACACCUAUGUUGCUGCCUGCCUCCUGCAGAGAGGAACCAUGCCUCCCAUGAGAACCAGGCUCCACAGUCAGGGGAUCCUAGAGGCACCCACAGAACGAGCCCUGAAGAGGUCAAGCCCCAGCCCCGUGGCUUCUGAGCCACGGGUUGGGGAUCGGUCUGGAUGAGAUUCUGACAGCCCCUCUGGGGACCCAGGCCAGAUGCCCAGGACACCGGCUGGCCACAGGCCCCUCCUGCAGAGGAAGAGCUGUCCACCCCAGAGAACAUCUAUCUCUCCAGGCCACCAUUCCCAGAAUGACAACUGGCUCCUGCACUUACCACCAUGUGCCACACCCUGAGGGACUGACCGUGUCAACCUGUAGACAGCAUGAGACCCAGAGAAGACUGUGCGACUGGUGUGGUGGUCCAUCUCUCCAGCUGUCUUCCUAAUUAGAACCAUCCUGGGUGCUGAUUUUUCCAGAUACAGAAGUGUGGCUUAUCUGAGCCCCUGCAGACUUUGCCCCACAGUGGUGAGUGGUCAGUCCCACUCCACCCGCUGGGAGUAUCCCCC